GUUGUUUCUGGUCUCGUUUCCUCUCUACGGGACCUUGCCAAGUCGUCUUUUUGCUGUGUGGUUGGCUGCUGGUGUUACUACUGUUGUUGUGGUGGACGGGUAUAUCAACUCUUGGCUGUCAAAGUCUGACUCAACCCUUUCUUAUUUGUGGAACCUUGUUUUACAGUUACACGCAGAUAUUUGAGAGUGAUUUGACAGUGACGUUCCCGACGGAUAGAGUGUAGAUACAUUCAUACAGUACAUACAUAUAUCCUAUACUAACCAAGACAACAACAUUCACAACGGCAUUGUGCUCCUGUUCCAAUCUCUCCGUUGACCAACACACCAAUGAGUUCGGCCAAUUCUUCACUGCGACCCGCAUGGAAUCGUGGGAGCGGUGGUCGAGGCUUCCAGCCUCCCCCCGCGGUGGAACGGAGUCGUUCCCAAUCCGUCGGUUCCGAAAACGGACCGGUGGUACCACCAACGAGCGGAACUUUUAACAAAUUCGCCGCGUUGGACGACGACGACGAGCAGAUUGUCGCCAGUCUCGAAGCGCCGUCGCCGCCUUUGCCCAAGAGUAACCACUCUCGCAGCGAAGGCCUCCGAUCCUCGAUGCCGCGGACGAGUCACUCCAACGCACCACCAUCCAAGACUUCCGGCAGAUCCCUCGCGGAUCUGGCGGCACGAACUUCGGAAGGAGGAGCACCGGUGCGGAACCGGAACAUCGUGGCAUCGCGCGCGACGGAGGACGCCAAGGUAACCCGCUAUACGCGCGAACGACUAUUGUCACUCCGACCGGAACCGCCUCUGGUACCGCCCGGACAUGUUGCGCAGCUUUUACAUAAUACCGUCCUUCUCAUGGAACAUCCCCAAGACCCCGUCUGCUGGGAUACCUUUGAUCCGGAAGAAAUAUGGGCCGCGGUCCUCGCGCGCCGAUCCUCCUCGUUGGCCAAAGGCUCCCGGGACGACGAAGGUCGAUCCGGUAUCCGCUCGGGUUUACCGGCACGUACUUCCAAUACCGGCGGACGUUGGCAACGUGGAGUGGCCUUGCCGCCUCCCGACUCCCGCAACAAACCACGGGAAAAGGAUGCCGAAACGCCCGGGGAGUUGUGGGAUGAUCCCAAUCAGGGUGGAGCCGCCGCCGACUUUUCUGCCUUUGGCGGUCACCUGGAUGGCCCGCAACCCGACGACGGAGUUUUUGAUUUCGAGAAAAUGGCCGAACAAAGCCGCUUACUCGAAGACGAAUUGCACGGUCCGCGUUCGAGAACGUCCAGUGGCGCCGAUGUCGAACCACGGAACCACACUCGCGACGCCGUCGCUGAACCCUCGGUACAGGUGAAUCCACAACGACCCCUGGCCGCCAUGGGAACGACUAUACAAUCCGGUUCCGGAGACAACGUCAAUGUAUUUGAAGAUUUUGACGAUCCCGCGCCGCCCAACGCGGCGCCGGCAAUCCGAGCGGUGGACGAAGACCCCACCCCCAGUUCGCGACUCAUGGCCAUGAUUGGGGUUGAAAAGGAUCCAACAACGGCCGUACCGGCGGCCGGUCUCGCGUCGGCCUGGGGAGCCCCCGUUACCGCAGCCACCACUACCGCGGCAGACGCGGUGGCGAUACCGUUGAAUCCGUGGGGUGGACCUCUUUUGCCAACCCCCCAACCGCAACCCGAUCUGCAAGCGCGUUUGCGACAGGCCGAGAUGGAAAAGGCGCGAGCUGCGGAAUUGCGACACCGACAAGAGCAAGAGUUGGUCCAGCGACAAGCAGAAGAGCGUGCCCGCCAGCAACAGAAUUCCAUCCAACAGCAGGAACAACAGGCGGGUGUGCAGACGCAGGUAGAGACGGUUCUUUUGGAACGCAUCACUUCCAUUCUAGAGAAAUCGUGGGGACGUGCGGAUCUCAGCUCCAUUCUAUCGACCCUCCAUGAGGAAGAUUCUCGAGUGAUUCCGCUUCUAAACAAUAUUGAUUUGCUGCGAACUUUGCUGCUCCGACACCCACGACGAGUGGCGGUACGUCAAGAUCCAGCAUUUGGUGCCGAAAUGGCCGUGUUACUACUUACCAAAGAACAAUGGCAGCAACAACAGCAGCAGGAAGCACGGGUGCAACAAGAAGAAGGACGCCGGCUGGAACAAAAGCGUUUAGUGGAGGAGCGGCAAAAGGCGGCAGCUCGCGAUCCGGGGAGUAUUCCAGUGGUAGCCGAUGCUCCCUGGUUUUACUCCGAUCCACAGCGCAACAUUCAGGGACCCUUCCGCGGUGAAGAGAUGCGACAGUGGCUUGAAGCUGGAUAUUUCAAAGGCGAUUUGCCUAUUUGUCAGCAGCCCACUGGUCCUUUCCAUCCGUUAGCGGCCUUAUUUCCGGAUCUUUCCAAAGCCUUUAUGGCACGCCAAGGCCCGAACGUGGAGCACGAAAUGGCGCAAGCAGAGGAAGAAAAACGGAACCGAGAAGCGAAGGGACGAGCCGAGCGUGAGCGGCAGGCGCAAGAGGCCAAGGAACAGCAACGGCGAGCCCAAGAGGUAGCGGAUCGCGAGGCUAGAGAAAUUUUGGCCAAGUCUAAUGGUGCCAAUGAGUCUUCGAAUCAACUCAAGGUAAUGCUCGGGAUGCCGGACCAGUCUGUGCCUAGUCCCCCGCAACCAAAAUCAGAAAAGAAGAGCAAAUCGAAAAAGGCCAAAGAAGUGCAGCCAGUAGAACCGCGGCUAGAAGCUGUUAAGCCCACAGCUCCGGCGUGGGGUGGAGUGAGCGCUGCCCAGCCCAAUGCUCGAAAGAGUAUGUCUGAGAUUCAAAGGGAAGAAGCUCGCGCCGCUGCUCUUUUAGCUAUGCAACAACAAAAUACUCGACCAUCGGGCAGUGGUUGGGCCAACGUUGCUGCCUCCAAGGGAGGCAGUACCGCUUGGUCGGGCGGCGCGGCGAAAGCGACCGCUGCUGCGGUGGUAAACAACUUAAACACGCUUGCACCAUCAGCAGCUGUACAAGCUCGCGCGCCACCGCAAGGCCAAGGGGCGAUGCCACCAAAACCACAGACAGCUCAGCAACGUGAGAACAUGGCCGCGUCAAGUGUCUCGGAUGAAUUUGGGGCCAAGAUGUCGCCUAGCUUUGAGAAGUGGUGUAAAGACCAGGUGUAUAAAUUGAACGGUACGGAUGACCUGACUCUGGUAGCUUUUUGCAUGACGCUUCAGGAUCCAGGCGAGAUUCGCCAGUAUUUGUCGGCCUAUCUCGGAUCGACUCCUCAAGUGAACAGCUUUGCAACAGAGUUUAUCAAUCGUAAGGCAGGGAAGACGGGGCCCCAAGAGGAAUGGGAACCGGCCGCCAUUUCCAAGAAGAAAGGAAAGAAGAAGGUUGGAGGACGCUAAAGCACAACUGUUAAAACGUUAAAAUCUAAGGUGAUAAGAAAAUACCCUUUCUUUG